ACACGCGAGUACCAGGUACCGUGCUGUUUCUUUUGAUUUUGAGUAAAAUUUACCAGUGGGGUAACCGAGAGUAAGGUGAGGGAGGGAGAGAUGGGUUUCCUUAGUCAUAGAGUGGAGAGAAGUGAAAUCAAACCAGGAGAUCAUAUCUAUACUUACAGAGCUGUUUGCACUUACUCUCACCAUGGCAUCUUUGUUGGUGGAAGCAAGGUGGUCCAUUUUACUCCUAGGCAGAAUGCAAAUUCAAGCUCUGAUACAUCUUCUGACUUCUAUAAUUCAAUGUCAACCAUUCCAUCAUCCUGUGAAACCUUUCCUGACUGUGGAUUCCGACAACUUGAUAGUGGUGUAGUCCUCUCAUGCCUGGACUGCUUCCUCAAAAAAGGAUCUCUUUACUGCUUUGAGUAUGGGGUGCCUCCUACUGUUUUUCUUGCAAAAGUACGUGGAGGCACGUGCACCACUGCAGCAUCUGACCCCCCAGAAACUGUAAUCCACAGAGCAAUGUAUCUUCUUCAAAAUGGAUUUGGCAAUUACGACGUGUUUCAGAACAACUGCGAGGAUUUUGCAAUGUACUGCAAGACAGGUCUUCUGGUAAUGGACAGGCUGGGGGUUGGAAGAAGUGGUCAAGCUUCUACUGUUAUUGGUGCUCCAUUGGCUGCAAUUCUUUCAUCUCCUUUAAAGUUGUUAAUACCUAGCCCUGUUGGUGUUGCUACGGUAACAGCUGGAAUGUUCUGCAUGAGCAGAUAUGCUACUGAUAUAGGUGUCCGUAGUGAUGUAAUCAAGGUGGCUGUGGAAGAGUUGGCUCUGAAACUGAGCUGGGCUGGUCCUUUGGAGGAAGCACCUGAAGAUGAUGAUGCUUCUGGUGCAAUGAUUGCCAGGUGAUGUGAAUUUCAUCUCUUUGUACGUCAAGAUGCGUGCAUAUGUAUGUCAUUGGUAAUCUCCAUUAUAACAAUUCACUCAUGUUAGUGCAUGUACAUGGGAGUUUGUUGUUUUCAUCAUUCUUGGUAAAUCGGUUGCCGUUGGCUGUGUAAUAAAUCAAGUUCACCCUCUGAAGGCCUGUAUUGGUCUGUUAUAGUUAUCCACUCUUGAAAUUUGAUCUUUCAACUUUA